AUGGCCGAGCCCAUCCAGAAGAGACGCCUCCUGCGCAUGACCGUGGCGCACUACCGCCAACCACACGUCAGUGAAGAGGACUUCCAUUGCUGGGUGACUGAGCAACAUGCCGCACGCGCGGCCAAGCUUCACGCCAAGAAUGGGAUCGAGGGAUUUUCGAUCUAUUUCGCCCCGAAGUCCUUCCGGGACAUGACGACACAGUUGAACGCCCAACGGGGCAGCCCCUGGGUGGUCCGCGACUACGACGCCCAGGUCGAGUUUUACUUCCGCGACAUGGAGACAUUCUACAAGGGGGCGUCAGACCCGGAGUUCCAGGUGCUCCAGGCCGAGGAGGAGCCUUUUAUUAGUGGGAUUCAUGCCGAAAUCAGUAUCGGGUGGGUAGAGACCUACGUGAGCGAUGGGAAGGUGGUGAACAUCGGCGAAGAUGGUAAACCCGAAUAUCCAGCCUUUGCGCAGCUCAGUGUGGCGCCCUAG